CUUAAGAUUUCUCGAACGUUAAAUAUAAAAACAAAAUGAUUGAAAAUGAAGAUAAUAUAUAUCAAGGGAAUCAUGAUAAACAGAGAGAUUUAACAAGAAACCUGAAAAAUAAAGAAAUAUUUCAAAAAUAUUCACCACAUUUAAAGACAGAUAUACAAAGACAAAGAAAAAGGCAACCACUAGAGAAAUUUCAUCAAGAACAUACUAUACCAUAUCUUCGCCAACAAAUUCGAAGAAUCCCGAGAUCAGUUAUAAAUAAACGAUGGACACGAAUUUCAGAAUCAUCACUUAUCCAAAUUGUGGAAAUUUUGAAAGAUAUUCAACGAUCAGUUAUCAUGAGUAUUCGUCACAAAACACGGAGGAUGGAUGCUCAAAGAAAUUUAAAUAUAAUGAUUAAUAAGAUACGAGAUCGUCUUUCAAGAUUGUUGGUUCCAUCUUCAAAAGAACAAUAUAAUUAUGAAAAAUUAAAAGAAAAAAAUCAAGAAUUGGAAUCUAUUCUUAUUUCAAAUUUAGAACAAAUAUCACGAUUAGAAAAAGUAUUAAGUCAUGAAAAACACUUACUUUCUAAAGAAGAGGCGAAUUUUCGAGAUUUGACAAAAAAUGCACAACAUGAUGAAAAAUCAAAAAAACAGAUUAAAAGACUUCAUCCUUUAUUAGGAUUGCAAGAUGAUCAAAUAGAGCAAAAGUUUUCGUCUGCUCAGAUUAAUUUGAACGAAAAUAAUUCUUUAGCAUUUGACAUAUCGGAUGAUAAGUCAUUUAUUAAUCUGGAAAGGCAGGUGAAACAGUAUGUUAAUAAUAUGAAAUCAAAUUCUAUUAGAGCAGGGAAAAUUAUGCAAUUAUCUCAAAAGGCUCAAGUUACUUUAUUGAAAAUUUUAACAUCAUAUGAUCAUUUUUUAUCGCAUAAGAUUUCGAUUGAUACAUGUAUUUAGUUGGAAAUAAUUGUUUAUGUAUUUUAUAUGUAUUUCUGAUACUUUU